GUUCAAAAGCAUCAAUUCUGCGAGGGUCACGGACAAGAUGGUUCCGCCGGUGCAGGUCUCUCCGCUCAUCAAGCUCGGCCGUUACUCUGCCCUGUUCCUCGGCAUGGCCUACGGCGCCAAGCGCUACAAUUACCUGAAACCCCGGGCAGAAGAGGAGAGGAGGCUCGCAGCCGAGGCGAAGAAGCCGGAUGAGCAUAAGCGCAUCGAGCGGGAGCUGGCGGAAGCCCAAGAGGAUACCAUAUUGAAGUGAGCCUGCCCUUCUCCA